AUGGCAAAGCCCCGGGGGGGGGGGGGGGGGGGGGGGGGGGGGGGGGUCUACUUUAGUGCGCAAUGCCAACGUGCAAUUGAAAUCAGCAAUGACAUCCCAGUGGUGUCGGCUACGAGCGACGACGGCGGAGACACGACCAGCCCUGUUUCAACCACCCGGAGAAGAGAUACAAACUGCCCCGUAUACGAUGACUACCUCAUCUGGGACGAAAAUGAGCAGCCUCUGAACGUCACGGGCUAUUUACACUUUGGGGACUCAUACGCCGCUGGUAUGGGUACGGGAUCGACCUCGUGGGAUAGUUGCCGUGUGGGCUCCAACAAUUACGGAAAACUUCUCUACAACUAUCUGAAUGACUCCAGCAUCCCCUUCUCGAAUUAUGCGCGCUCGGGAGACACUACGACUGGACUAAUCAACCAAGUUAAGAAGUGGAAAGACACCACGUCACCUAAUAUCGGCACUUUAACAGUGGGAGGCAAUGACGUGGGAUUCAGUGAUAUCAUCCGCAACUGCAUAACUUGGGAGACAUUUCAUGAUGCAGAGGAGUUCCGAGCCUGGUGUGAGCAGAAAAAGGACAAGGCGAGGUCAAUCCUAAGUGAUACCAGCUCAGCGGGCGUGAGAAACAAGCUCAAGGAAGCUUACCUCAGUAUUCUCAAUGCCUCACUCAACGAGGAUUUCAUGCUAUAUGUCACUGGUUACGUCGGCUUUUUCAACUACGACACCACCAUCUGUGACCUGACCACCUUUGACUGGUGGUGGACGGCUUAUAACCCUAUCCUUCCAAUAAGGGAAGUUGUUCCUUUCCUGAAAACAGCUUUACGGAAAGAAUUAGACGACCUAGUAAACCAGAUGAAUCAAGUGAUACAGGACGCCAUCGAAGAUGCCAACACAGCUUAUGGCUCCACUCGCGUGACCUACGUCGAUAUGCAGCCAUUAUUUGACACACAUCGGUUUUGCGAGGAAGGUGUCUAUGAGCCCAGUCCUAACCGGGGAGAGACGUUUUUCUUCCUCACGGAAACUGCCGCCGUUGAAGCGGCCGAGGUGGUCCACAUGGUGUCUCUGGGCAGCAUUCCCAUCGCCGACGCUGCGACCUGCAAUACCACCCUAGGAACCGACCCCGAUCCCUAUGCUGUGGCGAUGUGCGACGCGUCCAUUGCCAUCUCUACGGAUCCGAAUGCGGGGGCCAUGGCUAUCAUGGAUACGGAGCCACUAGAUGGUCAGGAUUAUAGGAACGGAGUCCUUGGGUAUAUUACCUUGGGCGUUGAUACGACCGCAAUCCAUAAUGGAACCACUGAAGACCCGAUGUGA